GGGCUGAUCAGGCAGAGGCUGCUGAAAUACAGGAAGGUGCUGUCUCUGCAGCUAGUGCUUCAAAUGAUAAUCAGUCAUCACCGGCGACAGCUGCCGAGCCAGAGCCCAACACAAUGACCCUAGAUGAAUACAAGGCAUCACUAGAGUCCAAGAGAGUGAAAACGGAGUUCAACAUUCGCAAACCAAACGAUGGCUGUGUAGAUGAGAAAUGGAGGAAGAUGUAUGUGCUGAAGAGCAAGGAAGAUGAUAAGAAUGAGGAGGAGGAGGAAGAAGAGCAAGAGUACACUCCUGCUAUUUUUGUUUCAGGAAACAGAAGAGGAUCGCCACAACAGGCACAAGAUAUCGUUCCAAUUGAAAUCAA